AUGACACGCUGUAAAAUUAAGAUCCUAGGUCACAGCGAAGUGCGGUGGAAGAACAGCGGGGACAUUACAAUGUCAGACAAUCACUACAUGAUGAUAUACUCGGGCAAUUCAACCACCCACAUUAAUGGAGUUGGAAUAGUUAUAUCCACUAAAAUUAAAAAAUCAUUAAUGGAGUGGAAUCCAGUCUCCGAUCGAUUAAUAACCGCUCGUUUCCGAGCCAAAAAUCGCAAUAUAACAAUCAUUCAAUGCUAUGCACCAACGGAAGUAGCGGACGACAGGGAAAAAGAUCAUUUCUACAACCAACUGCAGUCUACAAUCGCCUCAGCGCACAAAAGAGACAUCAAACUUGUCAUGGGUGACUUUAACGGAAAAAUCGGCAAUAAUAAUAACAAACCCGAUGAAAUAAUGGGCCGCCAUGGACUUGGAGAAGCACGCAAUAACAACGGCGACCGAUUAAUUGAUCUCUGCAUGGCCAACUGA